AAAGAAUAAUGCAAAAGUAAAGCAUAUUUAGUCCUCUUUUUUUUUGUACAUCAGACAUCUUAACACCAACCGCCAUUUGACAACAAUUUCUCUCCUCUUCUCUCUUCCCACUUCUCUUCAUCCCUCAUUUCAUCCUUUCGAAGGAAAUUGAAUCUGCCAUCUUCUCCAUUACAGCCGCUGGCCGUUUCUUGACCAUAGGAGUGCUUAUGCAAAAGUAGAGUAUUUCUUACCUCUUCUUUCUUGCAGGUCUAACCCAUUCUGGCUGGUUCAGCUCUAUCCACUCUCACGUGAUCUGCACAUGGAUACCCAUCAGCAGCAAAGGAUUAAAGACAAAGUUGUGGAGAAGAAGCAGGAAGAAGGGAAGAUAAAUUCCUCUGCUUCUCCUCCUUCAGCUUCUUCUUCUCCUUCCCAUGAAUUCUCCUUCACAAUGUCUCUCCACUCUUCGACGACUGCGGAUAAAACCAAACCCCCACCGUCGAUUGCAAUCGAUUUGUCUCCAGCGGAUGACAUUUUCUUCCACGGCCACUUGCUUCCUCUGCGCCUCUUUUCGCACCUCCCUGUUUCUCCUCGCUCCUCCACCAAUUCCUUGGGCAGCUUCUCCCUACCAAUCAGUGAUGAAUUAGAUGAUAAAAAACCAGACGAACGCAGCAGCAAUUGUUGCACGAGCAAUAGCAAUGGCGACAUCAAAUCCAGCAUCCCCAAUAAUGAAACAAAGGGGAGAAAAAAACACAAGUCUUUUUCUUUGUUUUGGUUAGGAAAAUGGCAGAAGGGUAAUGAAGAAAGAGACACAGAAGAUGAGGAGAAGCUGGAGAAGAAGAAGAUGAGAUUCAACGUUAGUCACGUGUUGAAGAGGUACGUGAGGAUGGUACGGCCUCUGUUGUUCUUCAGGGGAAGGGGACAGAACCUCCAUCUCCGGCAGCAGCCGUAUUCAUUUUCAGGUAAUUUGAGUGAUCUAAGGAAUACUAAGCAUGAGUUGAGAGGAAGAAGAGGACAAUACUCUGCGCCGGUGUCUAUGAGGACGUCUCCAACGAACAGCGGCCUUCUUGUUGCAACGGCUCCUCUUCCUUCCUCCGCCAGUGACAGCACCAUGGAGGAGUUGCAGGCGGCAAUCCAAGCUGCCAUUGCUCAUUGCAAGAAAUCCAUUGGCGUGGAGGACAAACUAAACAGCUAAGCCUUAUUUUUAAUGUCUUCCUUUUUAUUUUCAUGAGCAUUUGAGCCUCUAAUUAUUUAUUUUCCUAUGUAUAAAAUCGUAUAUAUAGAAUUAUGAAUUUAGUUACAAAAUGAACAUAUCUUUAAUAG